ACACCACAUGCGUCUCAAAGGCAAAAGAAAGGAGAAAACCCACCUUAAUAACUCUUCCCCUGUGUGUGUGCGUGUGUGUGUGUGUGUGUGUGUGUGCGACAAAGUGUAAGAGAGUGUGUGUGUGGACUUAACCUGCUGCUGUGCUGGCUCUGCUGCAGCUGCAUGUCAGAGGAGGAUUCAAGGUUUAUUUAUAAGGAGGUGGGAAAAAGCGGGGAGAUGCGCCUGGAGGCAACGUCACAUUUUCGUGUGGAGCGACAGUGUGGUGAAAGCGUGACCGAGCCGGGAAGAGGAAUAUGCGGCACUGCCCCUCCGUACAACGCGCUAAACCUGCGGAUCUUUACCGGAUAGACGUCCUGUAGCUGGAUGAUCUGACGCGUUUUUAUUAGACACGCACGAUUUUACGACCGCACCACGUUUCAGCGGGAAUCUGGAUAAUCCUUCCGUCACGCCACGCCGCCCGGAACCCCAUUACCAUCAGCGGAUCAGGACCAAAAGACUUUUCUGAAUUUCAAUCUUUUUUAAAAGAGCAACGCUUUUUAAUUCAAAGUUCAUUUCCAAGAGAACGGGCCUGGGUUUGUUGCUCUGGUGCCAAGGUUAUUCCUAAAAAUCAGUCCACAAAGACACAUCCCCAGUGUUUUCUGUGGUAAACUUGCUGUGCGCAGUGAUUCAGACUGGUCCUGGGCAUGUUUGUACUCUAAAUAAGGCUCAAAUGCAAGAAAGCAAAGUUAAUAUUCCAACACUGAUGAUGCCCCCCUGGGAGCGCUUUCAGGGAAGGGAGACUGGAGAAUGAAAGCGGCUUUACUGCGUCUCUAGUCGGACAGGGGAAGGAACCUCUUCUAAGGAUAGCCUUAAAAAAACACUUUUUAUUGUUUUUGCGUGCGCCUCUGGACUCUUGCACGAUGGGGAUUAUGCUUCAAGUUAUUCUAGGAAUGUUUCAGUUCCUGCUGCUCACCAGAAUCCCGACCUUCCAUGCCAAGCUUGCUCACUGGCUGCCUGCAGACUCCCCCAAAUCCAGAGAAGGUAGAGAAGUUCGACGUUGGUUGGAGGUGUACUCGCGCAGCGCCUGCGAGCCUCGGGACACUCUGAUAGAGGUGUGGAGGGAGCUUCCAGGAGAGACCCACCACCUCUUCGUACCGUCCUGUGUGUCAGUGAAGCGAUGUGGAGGCUGCUGUGCAGAUGAGGCCUUGGAGUGUGUGCCAUUGCUCACACACACACUCACUAUGGAGCUGAUGAGAACGUCCUUCAUGAAACACGAGCUCAUUGAGCUGUCCUUCAUAGAGCACAGCCAGUGCGAGUGCAGAUUAAAAGAGCUACUCCAGCCAACACCUACAAGGCCCUACCUAAAGCCAGCGAGAAAGGAGAAGAAAAAGCAGGGCAGGAAGCACAGACAGAGGAAAACUGUAACAGUCAGACCCCCAACCUAUGCUCCUCUGACUUCUCCCUCUUCCCCUCCACUGACCCCUCCCACCACCCUCCCUCCCUCACCGUCAUCCCCACUGCCUCCCACCACCCUUCCUCCCCCGCUCCCACCCUCAACAACUCCUCCUUGCCACCCCUGCAAAGGAAGGAACUGGGUCCUGGAUGUGACGCUGUGUCAGUGCAGGUGCACCCUCAGAGCUGGGAGCUGCAGCCGGAAAGGCCGGAGUCUCAACCCUCGCCGCUGCAAAUGUGAAGCGACGAGGACUUGAAGUGUCCCACCGCUUUCCUCCAACACCACCGAUCCCGUCUCAGACCAUCUUCCACUCUCAGCAUCAAUGCCGUGGACAGCGUAGGUGCUCCUGAACACCCAGCAUCUCAAACUGAAGAAUGUAUCAGUACAAGCACACACUAGAUCCUGCACUAGUGCAUCAUCAACACCCUAAAUGUGCUGUAGUUCUGCAUGUGUGCGAGCAUAUUUCCCCCCUUGCUUCUGUGGCAAAGCUUUCAUGUACACGCGUGUCACACGAGUGGAGUAAGAAGGUGCCAGAAAAACACCAACUUGUGAACGACUUCUGCAGGUGAGCAUACUCUGCUGUGAUGUUGUGGAGACUGGACUGCAAGGCAUAUCGCUAUAACUGCCACUAAACAGCAGAGGGGACCAAGAGGAACUGGAUUUGGUGGAAUCUCUGACCAUGUCUCUCAAGGAAACUGCAAACUGAGACAAAUACCAUGUUUAAGUCGAGGCCGGAGGAUUUGAGAAGCAGCAGCCAAGUGUUAGUGGUGGACAUUCAUACCCUGGAAUACACCAGAGGGAUUUUGGACGAGCACAUGAGCUGGCACCCUGGUGUCUGUGGACCUAUGAGCUGGGGUGGAUGGUAUCUGUGUGGUCUCCCCGCUGAAAGACGCAGAUGGGUUAUCCCCACACCCGUUCACUCUCAUUCAAAGCGUAUGACUACGGGCUGGCGCUCCAAGCCGCUUUCCGGCAUUUGUUUAAUUUGAGCCUUUUGUGUCCGUCUCUCCUCAGCUCCUCGAUUGAAAGAAGCCGCUUCGCCUCGCUUUUCCUCUCUUUGCCUCUCUUUUGGGCAGUGAGGAGAAUGACAAUAAUGAGGCCUGGCGGCUCUCCACCGCUUCACACACACAAACAUUCACACUUAUAAUACCAGGAACACAGACGGCACUAUAAAUGCAGAAACACUCACCCUGCUGAAGCACACACACACACACACACACACACACACACACACACACACACACACACACACACACACACAUGCAAUGUGAAAUGAAUGCAGGUAGCCAUAUGCUUUUGUUUGUACAAUAUAAGCCAGUUCUUUAUUUGCAACUUAAAGCAAAGUCUGCAUAGAGUAUUUUAUAACAUGUCACUUUUAUACUUUAUUAUAAAUCUGUGGAGCUGACUGGAGAGAUAUAGCAGAGUAUGUAUUGCAGAAUGUGUCCUUUUUAUGUUUGUGUUCAUUUUUCAUCCUUCCACGUAACGAGUCACGCUGGGUGGCCCGCCCUACCGAUACCCAAAUGUAUUGAAUUCAAACAGUGAGGGCUCACGCCGGCCACAAACGGGAGACUCUAAACACUACAAGGUGCAACUCAAACAAUCAGUGGGGAGGUGUUGUGUGCAGCGCACAGAAACCAAGCAAACAGCCAUGUUUGGACGCAGCGAAAGGAAAACCUAGCUGUUGUUGCAUGUUUGAGCCCGGAUGGAGCGAGAAAUAUUCAUUUGGAGCACAGCCUGUUAAUAGUCUGAGGAAAUCUGACAAGGUUCUUUUUUCCCCUGCUUUGUGACGGCUUGGCUGCCGUUUGAGGAGCGUGGACUUGAAAUGUAACUGCCUCAGAGAGGUUUGCUUCCUGGGCAGCUUGUCAGUCGGUGUGAGGAGCUGAAGAGGCAGGUCAGGGAGUUUAAACCCAGUUGUUUACACCUGUUCAGAGCCUGCCUGCUCUGCCAAAUUUGACUGAGAACCUUUUCUCCGUGACAUAUUAGGGUUGGGAUUGGAAAAUGAGAAACAAUAGCUCGGAAACGCUCUCUCCCCCACACGGGGUUCAUACCAACCAAUAUCACGCUGCCUCCAGUGUGAAUUAUUUAUGUCAGCCCUGAAGCAACAGAACUUUGUUCAGUGGCUGCUGAGAUAAGCUUAGUAUUUAUGCUCUCCUGAGAUUGGAUUUUAUUUUCUCUGAUGCUUAUUGUUCAGUGUUUAUUGCUGCCAAUCAAUGCUUCAAUCACUACCUCUAUUUAUAUAUAUAUAUAUAUAUAACAUAUUAAUGACAAAGUAUUAGAGCAUUAUUGUUAGUUUCUCUGUGUUAGAUCAGACUAUAACGAUACUGGCACCGUCGGUGGUUAGGAGACGGAACGUCAAGGACUUUUUAUGGCAGGAGAGCUGAACUGGUCCUCCAAACACAGACCAGACACUGUGAGACGAUGGAGGAAAGGGAAGCAGAUUCCCAAAUUGAUAUUGACCAACUUUGGCUUUGGCUUUAUAGGAAUAAUUUGGGGGAAAUAUACCUUUGUGUUCUGUGACACGAUGAAUCGUCUUUUGUUUGGUAAAAGAUCAACGUUGCUUUUGGAAAGACCUCGUUAGAUGGUUUUCAAACUGAAUUUUCAAAAUGCUUUAACCCCUUGGCACCAUUAAAAUACUAUUUACUAAUUCCACUUGAAAAAUUCCUAGAUUAUUGUCAGCGACACCUUCAGGAACACAAAGCCAAAGUGAUUGACCCCUUGGCUCCAUAGAAGGGAAACACUUGGAACCGUCCUCAUCAGUGAGAUUUGCUCCAUGGGCGUAAAUAACAACCUCCUAAUGAGUCUACUCCGUUUGGUGCAAAAGAAUUUUUUUUUUUCAUCUUCUCUUCCAUUGAACAUGCCAGCCUAAGCAACCUCUUUUUUUUCUCCGCAAGUUGAGUUUUAAUAACAGAUGGUCCUGUUGCACAGACCUCCAAGGUGGAGAGGUUAAAGGUCCUCUGUGGGCAGAUUAUGUUACUGUUGGGUAGAGCCGGGCCCGUUUAGUCCUGUUUCCUUUCUUCUCACUUAGACUGAGCCACCCAGCUGAGAGCGAAACCACAUAGAUCCAGGAUGUACAUGAAUUAUGGCAUCAAUUAUCUCAUCUAGGGGAAACCUGUAAUUCCCAAUUUUUCACAACUAUUCCUGGUUGUAUUUGCUUAUUUCCAGGCAUUCCUGUUUGAGUGUUCAUCAUUUGAAUCAACUGAAUAUUACUUUGUUUUUAUUAUGAAUAGGGAAUAAAAAACUUUUAUUAAAAAAAAAAGCAAACAAGUAUUUUGGGAAACUCAAGACCCCUUGAGCAUCACUGCAAAAACAGAUUUCUAAGAAAGUUUUUAAAAAGCCUGAUUUUUAGACAUUUUAUCUUAUUUUAAUCUAAAAAAUGCAUUUAUUCUCUAGAAAACAAAACAUUACUUAGAAUUUGGUAAAUAAUCUUAAAUAUGAUCCAUAUUUUCUUGUUUUGAAUUGUAAAAAAUCUGCCAUUGAGGUAUUCAAAAGCUGUUUGGCUAGAAAUCUUAAUAAACCUAAAUUUUGAUUACUUUGCUAGUUGUAAGAUUUCUAACCAAGCAGCUUUUUCGUACCCUGUUGGCAGAUCUUUAAACUCAGAACAAGAAGAUAUGGAUCAUAUUUAAUAUUAUUUACCUUAUUUAAGUAGCUAAUGCUAUUUUUUCUAUAGGAUAAUUUAUUUUCUUUUUAGACAAAAAAUAAGAUAAACUGUCUAAAAAUGUAGAUGUUUUUUGUUUUUACCUUUUUAGAAAAUACUUUUUGCUGUGUACAAAUUGUGUUUGAGACUGCAGAGCGCAUUUUGUAGAUGAGUCCACUGAAAACCAGAUGUCUAUCGAGGACAGAGCGACAUGUUUCCCCUCAGACAACUUCAAGAUAUGUUUUCUUCACCUUCUGUUCCUUUUGACCUCAUUGUCCCCUCAUUCCGCUGAGAUGUUGCUGUUCUCUGUCCUGUCUCCUCAGCAUCCCAACCCCUGAAGAUUAAAGGUUAAUGCCUUGUUCAGAUGUUGUGUGAGCAUCAAACAUCGGUGUGCUUUGUAUCUGCAAAGUCUGCAUUGUCCUGUAAAGGUAGCCCCAGUGUCUAAAUAUCUCUCCCCUUAUUGAACUAUAUAGCAUCUAAUAAUCUGCCCUAUCCAUACUGUGUAUGAUGUACUUUAGAAGUGUGUUUGUAAUUUCAUUUUAGCCAUUCAUCGCCAUGAAUCUCUGCAACUACUACUGUAGCCUAUGUGGAAGAAAAAUACUACACUCUUUUUUUGCUGCUACACCAUUUGUGCCCUUUUAUGACGUCUUUGUAGAAAAUAAUGCAGGUUUAUGUUCUAUUAGCUUAAGAAAAUGGAUUCAAUGUCCUCAUAAAAGUGUACUCUGCAUCCUCGAAUAUAUUCAGAUCUAUACCAGAAUACAAUCAUGAUGUUACAGAUAUUAUUAAAGGAAAUGUCUUAUUUUUCAUAUAA